AUGUCGGUGUUAGAAGAAAGCCGGCCAUUUGCUCAACAGUUAUCCAAUGUCUACUUCACGAUCCUUUCCCUCUUCUGUUUCAAGCUUUUUGUGAAAAUCAGUCUUGCCAUCCUCAGUCACUUUUACAUCGUGAAAGGCAAUCGCAAGGAAGCAGCGAGGAUAGCAGCUGAAUUUUAUGGAGUAACCCAAGGACAAGGUUCCUGGGCAGAUCGGUCACCACUGCACGAAGCAGCAAGUCAAGGUCGUCUUCUCGCUCUGCGAACAUUGUUAUCACAGGGUUAUAAUGUAAAUGCAGUAACUAUAGACCAUGUCACCCCCUUACACGAAGCCUGCCUCGGAGACCAUGUGGCGUGCGCCAGAACUCUACUGGAAGCUGGAGCUAAUGUAAAUGCAAUCACAAUAGAUGGAGUGACUCCGUUAUUCAAUGCAUGCUCACAAGGCAGUGCUAGCUGUACGGAACUUCUUUUGGAAUAUGGUGCCAAACCCCAGCUGGAGUCGUGUCUUCCUUCUCCCACCCACGAGGCCGCCAGUAAAGGUCACCAUGAAUGCCUAGAAAUACUGAUAUCCUGGGGCAUAGACGUUGACCAAGACAUUCCUCAUUUGGGGACUCCUCUUUAUGUGGCUUGUAUGUCACAGCAGUUCCACUGUAUCCGGAAGCUUCUUUAUGCUGGUGCUGAUGUACAAAAAGGCAAAUAUUGGGACACUCCAUUACACGCUGCCGCCCAACAGUCCAGCACGGAAAUUGUAAACUUACUGCUAGAAUUUGGAGCAGAUAUCAAUGCCAAAAACACAGAGCUUCUGCGACCUGUAGAUGUAGCUACUUCUAGCAGUUUGGUGGAAAGGUUAUUGCUUCAACAAGAAGCUACUCCAAGCACUCUUUGCCAACUUUGCCGACUCUGUAUCCGAAACUACAUAGGAAGACCCAGAUUGCACCUCAUCCCACAGCUCCAGCUGCCGACAUUGUUGCAGAACUUCUUACAGUAUCGAUAA